UGUGUGUUUUACAUGGCAUUAAAAAUAACAUCUAUUAACGACACAGCUUUAAAUAUAGGCUAUAGAAAUGAUCACUGUAAACUAUACGUACUAUAUGCUACUAUAUGCUAAGGUUUAUAGUUACUGAUAAAAGUCCAGCGUAGCUUCAUUUCUUCCUCUCGUGUUGUGUAACCAAAGGGAAAAAGGUCGAGUACCUGAGCUGAAUGGUUAUUAAAUGUUAUUCUUUGUUUCAGCCUCCUAGCUAAGCUAACCCAUCAACUAGCGGUGAUCUGCUCUGCUACGCUAAGCUAACUGAUGCUAACAUCAAAGAAAGAACAAAUAAAGUGGACUCACCGUCCUCAUGUCCUCCUCAGCUCUGUCAGCAUGGACACUACGGGUUUCUCUCAGGAGUUUGAAGUGACCGUUCACACCUCACCUGGUCCCACCUGUGGAACCUUCAACCGCCUGUGGCUCAACCUGAUUGGCUCUCAGGGUGAGACUCCGCCCAUCAGUGUGAACGAGGGCGACCCUCGUCUGUUACCUGGUUCGACGUGUCCGGUGCAGGUCCGGGCCGACAGUCCUCUGGGUCGGCUGCUUCUGGUGCGGCUCCGGCUGGAGGUUCAGACCGGAUUCCCCAACCUGGACUGGCACUGCAGCCGGGUGGAGGUCCGCGGUCCGGCUGCAGGUCCAGGGUCAGCACCAGAGGAUGCAGAAGCUCAGGUGUUCCUAUGCGACAGGUGGCUGCGACCAGCAGAUGGCGACGUGGAGCUUCGGAGCGGAAAGCUCUGUUUGAUGAAGGACGAGACCGAAGAGAAGCUGAAGCAGCAUCGACUCAAACAGAUCAAACAUCAACAGAAGCUCAUCAGAUGGGGUGUGUUUGUCGACGGAGCUCCUCAGUGUGUUGACGUGAAGACGAUGUCAGAACUGGGGCCAAACCUCAGCUACACUCACAAGAGUCCAUCCAUCAACCUGCACUAUCUGAAAGGCUUCGUCGGCCGAGUGGAGGCCUGGACCAGUUUCUCGGAGCUGGAGACGCUUUUCAGUUACAUCCUGAACCAGAACAACAUGGCCAUGUCGGUGAAGACUCACUGGAUGGACGACUGGUAUUUCGGGUACCAGUGUCUGAACGGCUGCAACCCUCUGAUGCUGCGUCAGGUCCACGUCCUCCCCCCGAACCUGUCCGUCACCCCCGACAUGCUCCUCCCCUUCCUGCCUGGAGGCUCCUCCCUCCAGCUGGAGCUACAGAAAGGAACCAUGUACCUGUUGGACUACGAGGUUCUGGACGGGCUCCCGGCCAACGAGGUCAAUGGAAAGCAGACGUACCUGUCCGCCCCGCUGGUCCUUCUGCACCUGAACCAGCAGGGACAGCUGGUCCCCAUCGCCAUCCAGCUGCAGCAGAACCCCGGCCCCCAGAACCCGGUCUUCCUGCCCUCCGACCCCAGCUGUGAUUGGCUGCUGGCUAAGAUCUGGGUUCACACUGCAGACUUCCAGUGUCACCAGCUGAUCUCCCAUUACCUGAAGACCCACAUGAUGGGGGAGCUGAGCUGUGUGGCCACGCUGAGGAACCUCCCCGAGCAUCACCCCCUGCACCAGCUGCUGAUGCCUCACGUCAGGACGUCGCUGCAGAUAAACCUCCAGGCCCGAGUGUCGCUGCUGGCGCCCAACGGAGUCUUUGAUAAGGCGGUGGGUUCUGGUCUGAAAACGUUACCCAUCCUCCUCUCUCGGGCCUCGGCCAGGAUCCAAUAUCGGUCCCUGUGUGUCCCCGACGACCUGAGAGACCGUGGCGUGGACAAACUACCACACAGCUACUACGCCCAGGACGCUCUGAGGGUCUGGGACGCCCUGCACAGGUUUGUGGUCAGCUGGGUGGAGCUGUAUUACCAUGGAGACGAUGACGUUCAACACGACUCAGAGCUUCAACUCUGGAUUCAAGACAUCAACACACACGGCUUCAGCCACAACUCAGGUUUCCCUCAGUCCUUCGUCUCCAGAGCUGAACUGUCCAAGUUUGUCACCAUGUUCAUUUACUGCUGCUCAGCUCUUCACGCCGCCGUCAACUUCUCACAGCUGGACUUCGCUCUCUGGAUCCCAAACUGUCCCGUCUACAUGUUGCGUCCUCCACCGCAGGUCAAAGGCGUCACGACCGAGGACGACGUCCUUUCCUCCCUGCCCGAAGUAAACGCAGCCUGUCGAGUCCUGAUGGUUCUGACGGGUUUGUCGCAGCCCGGCGUCGACUUUGUCCGUCUGUGCCACUACAAGGAGGCCGUGUUCAGAGACGACGCCCACCGCAGGCUGGUGGAGGAAGUGCAGGCGCGACUCGAGGCCAUUUCUGAUGACAUCACAGAGCGGAACAGGAGCCUGGAGCUGCCGUACGUUUACCUCUGUCCCCGACGCAUCGAGAACAGCGUCGCGAUCUAACGCCGGCGGGAAAAGUUCAGCUCUUCACUCAGUCGACUCUUCUGAACAGCUCUUUAUUUAUAGUCUGAUAUUUUGGUCCAACACAGCAAAUGUUUGUGAUGUUUGUGUCGUAUAACAAACCUAAUAAUUAUCUCAUUCUGUCCAGUUAUUCUGUUACAUUCUUGCUGUUGUUUAAUAUUUCAUUAAAACUUUGAACAAAUGAACAAAACACUGUAACCAAAUCCACACGAGCAACAACCAGAACCAACCUGCAGUAAAGAAACGGUAGAAACGUUUAACAGGAGUUUGGUUCAUGGAGGACGAGGGACGUCAGACUGACAUGAAAACUGUUUCCUCUCUGUUGCGUCACCUCUUCCUUGUUUCUAUCCUCUAAUUAUGGAGGAUUUUAGGACGUGGAAAACAGCGCCCCCUGCAGGUGGAAGGAAGCCAUCGUUUGGUUUCUCUUGACCAACAUAGAACCGUCAUCAUCAAACCACUGAAUGAAAUAAUGUGAGAUUAGUUAGUUUAUGUUGAGCAGACGGAGGAUUUGGAGGAUUUAUUAAAAAAUAAAAGUAGUAAGUUAUUAUAAUAUGUGUCUGUCUGAUGUCACAUGAGUUUAAGUCCCAGUAAAAGGAAACAUGUUGUUUAUGUGCCAGAUAAUAAGAAGCUGUGAUUGGUUGUUGGACGAUGAACGUUUUAUUCUCGUUGAGCUCGUUUCUCUGACGUGUCCUGAUUCCAGACAGGAAACUUUAACAUCACAGAAAAUAAAUAAAUGAUUCGAUCUAACGUGAAA